GAGUCAGUUUUAUAGGGGGCCUUUCUCGCGUAUUUUCUCCCGACUUGCAGUUGGUGACAACAAAUUAAGCUGGAAAUGAAAAGGGCAUCGUCCACGAAAUUUGAAUAGAAACGGAGGUUGAGGUAGCGAAAGAACGAACCAGCCGUCUUAUCUCAAAGGCGAGGAAGAUUGUGCAAAACCCAAUUCGAAAGCAUACAGCGUCAGAUUCCAAUUCUUUUUCGUUCCUGAAACUUUGGAUCGUCUCGAAUUUUAGCAUUCGGUGUUGUUUCUGUCGUUCAAAGCCGCUUGAAAUUAAGACUUUGUGUGGAUCAUGGCGAGGAUCAAACCUCAAGCUCUGCUUCAACAAAGCAAGAAGAAGAAGGGUCCUAGUCGAAUCAGUGUCACUGCAGUUGCCUUAUACAGCUUAAUUCUGGUCGUGAUGGUGUUUUUCCUGUUCUCUACCUACAGAUAUUGGUCUCGCAGGUCAAGAAUUCAAACAGAGGAUCACUUAUCACUUCUUGAGGGUGACAAUGCUAUUAUGGAUGCAAAGAAAUCUGAUGUCCCAAGAUAUGCUAUUCUGAAAACAUCAAAAGGCAAAGUAACUGUUGAGUUAUACAAGGAAGGAUCUCCAGAGAUUGUUGAUGAAUUUAUUGACUUGUGUCAGAGGGGGCACUUCAAGGGCAUGCCUUUCCACCAUGUAAUAAAGAACUUUGUGAUUCAAGCGGGUAAAAUUGAUCAGCCUGGAGUUACAGAUGAUUGGACUUCACAUGUAAAGCUUGGGAGCCAACUUGGUGCAAGAGUUAAGCAUGAGGCAUUCAUGCUUGGUACUUCAAAGGCAAAACAUGACAAAGAAGCUUUUGAACUUUUUAUUACAACUGCCCCAAUUCCAGAUUUAAAUGAGAAGCUGGUUGUAUUUGGACAGGUCAUUAAGGGAGAAGAUGUUGUUCAGGAAAUCGAAGAGGUGGAUACGGAUGAACAUUAUCGGCCUAAAUCUUCAAUAGGAAUCAUCAAUGUGACUUUGAAACAGAAGGUUUAAGGAAUGGAAUGCUGAGCAGUUAAAGCCUCUUUCAAUUACAUGGUUUCCAUGUAAAGCAAGCAGUUGAUGGGAAGUUGGGAACAUUUGCACUUUUGGAUUGUGUUCCAAGGGUGUGGUCAUGGUUGGGAGUGAAACUGUUCAAAGAUUUCCUUAGCCGUUUGUGAUAUCCGGAAGAGCUAUCAGCUUCUGCUUGUCAAUCCUGGGUUGUAUGUAUCGUAGUCCUUUAUUCAAAUUUUGCUUCAUACUGGGCGUCAAAUCCAGAUUUGUUGCUUGGGACAAAAUCACGAAUUAGUGACUACUGGCCACGAUUGGCCGGCCCUUCAAAGUUACUUUUGACGUGUCUUCGAAGAUAAAAAGUAUCACAAGCGAGUGAACAAAUAACAUUUUCGUUUUGACGUGUAUCAUCGUCAUGCA